AUGCCUACGACCGCAGGCGUGGAUCGGUUCGCCGGAUUUCAGGAGUCGCCAUCGCGAAAGUACAUAUCGAAGAAAGUUGCAUAUGGCCACCUGUCCGCUAUAUGCCGUAGCAUUUCUCAGGUCGUCGUGGAAGACAGAGUGGUCAGUUGUUCCUUGGUCCAAGAACCCGACUCCACGACCGGUUCGCAAAAUUUGGAGGCGUCUCACGCGAUAGAUGGGUAUGUCAAGCCCGUUACCUCGACGGUGCCAUCGCCAAAUUCCCCCGAGGAGGAAUGGGAGGGUAUUGUUGAUAUUGCCGUCAAUUGUGAAUGGAUGCUGCCGGAGAGCGACGAUGAGCCCGUGCUACGUAACGGUUAUGCCAUUCAGAGUCGUUUGGACGCAGUGUCCGCUGCUCUUCACGAGAUGAACAAUGACCCCCGACGGACGCAUAUGUACAGUGUGACCAUCGAAGAUGAAGCGAUGUGUCUCUGGUACUGGUCACGGUCCCAUUCAGCAAAGUCGGAAGCAGUCGAUAUCACAAAAGAUGUACGUUCAACUAUACGCGGCCUCGUUUCCUUCUUAUUUGCAAGCACGCCAGAACUUGGUUACGAUGAGACCGUCCAACGCCGCUUCGACCCGGCGCUGGGAGGCUAUUGCCACAUCUUCUGCGUCGGAGACAGUUACUUCAAGGUGCUUCGCAGCAUCGCUGAGCAUGUAGGUCCCUGCACUAUAGCGGGGCCCUCUACGCGGGUCUUCGAGGUCGUCAAUGUCCCUAGUUUCGACAAUAUCACCGCCACUACGGAAUCAGUUGCAUCGCCUAUGGUCUUGAAGGACGUGUGGCUCGACAUUGAGGCGAAACCCGAGAAGCAGAUCCAGAACACCAUUUUCGGAAGACUCCAGGACGUCGCGCACAGGCUGCAGGACGGUCAAGACCUGCCUCAACUUACCGGUUUGGAUGGUGCCGAAAAAGAACUCCUCCGCAACGCUCUCCGUGAUGAGACAUACAGGGACUACUUCCUUACCAUCGACUGCGACACGCAAGGAGUGCAGUCAAAGUCACUUGCCCCUGGCACAUGGCGCAAAGAUGAUGUUUUCACUUUCUGGGACUCUUCAUUCUGGGACUCUUCAUCGGAUAGGAGUCGGUCACUUUAUGUCACGCCUCCGCCUCAUAGAGCCCGUUCCUUCUCGACAUGGCGGUCCUUCGUUGCCAAGCGCCAGUAUCGCGUUGUGUUCAAGGAAGUCUGCCAGGCGCUGCACCGUCUUCUGUUCCUUGCCGGCUGGGUCCACCGCGACAUCAGCUCCGGAAACUUGCUCUGGAAUCCCAACUCGAAGAGGGGCAUCCUGAGCGACCUCGAAUAUGCCAAGGAGUUCAACGCUGAAGGCACUGGCAGUUCUGACCCGAAGACUGGCACUCCGGCGUUCAUGGCGUCAGAAAACAUAAGCCAAAGGCUCAUCCUGUUCUCCAAUCCCGACCUCAGCUCAGAGGAUAAGAAGGACGCUGGGCGAAAGCCCAUCAUUCACAACUUUCAGCACGACCUCGAGUCCUUCUUCUGGCUCCUCCUCUGGAUACUCACUACACGCAUCUCCACGCGCACCCCCGACCUGGUGUCCUAUACGAAUCGGCUGUUCCUAGUCGAUGGACUUUCCAACCUGUGGCCGGGCAGAGUCACACCGUUUCGAGAGAGGACGAUCGGCUCCGAAGUCGAAGACCUCCUUCCCGACGACAUGAAGGUCUUCGCAGACCGUAUACAUAUCUUGAACCAAGCGUUGUGUGAUGCGUCCAUCAAAAAGCACCUCGAUUUCGGUAACGUUGCUAGCUAUGUCCACCUGUAUGGCGCAGUGCGGGAGGCAUUGAACUUCUGUGUGGCAAAGUCCGAUCUGGUGAAGCUCGCAGCAAGGAAGGGAGAAGCCGUUACGAAGAUUCUGAAGCGCAAGCGAAUGGACUCCACGUAG